AUGGUGGAUGCCGCUGUUGAUUCCUUCGUUCUGGUGCUGCCGCUUCUCUCCCCGCUGCUCGCGCUCCCCAUUAUCGUCAUCGUCGUCGGCCUCCUCCAGUUCCUGCUCUACCUCCUGCCUUAUCUCAUCUACUGCCGUCUCCUCCUGUUCUUGCUGUCAAUCUCGAGCUUAGUGGUCGAGGGCGACCCAAGGGGACGAGACCGUCGGACGUGGAGGUGUAGUUACGGUCGUGGGUCCUCAUCGCUUGUAUCUGAGGUGUCAUUUGUGUUUAUGCAAUGGUGGGUUUCGCUACUAAUCUCUGUAUGCGUGUCCUGGUGCCUCUGCUUCUCUCGCUGUUUCCCCGACUCGGGCUCGCCGCCCGGUGCCGGGUACGGCGGUGCUUGUCGUGAACCGGAGUCGCUGAAUGCUUGA